UUAAGACUAUGGGUAAAUCUGUUCCAAAUUGCUUACACUUUUUAACUUUUUAGUUCAUUCCUAUGGUGGAGUCAUCCUUGAAACUGAAAAAUAAUAAUAAUAUUCAUAAAAAUUAUUCAUAACUGGAAACUGAAAGUUGUUUACAUUUUUCUAGAUUCUAGGGGAUUUAGACAUCUGCAUAUUUUAUUCUUAGGAUUAUUUUUUAAACUGGUUACAGCCAACCGUUGAGAUUUGGAGACUUAAGAAUAAACUCCUAAAGGCCAGGAGUCGCCGCUCCAAAAUGGCCACAGUGGGAGAAAGUAUACAAAUCAGCAAUCACACGAUAGACAAGGUGACCAAGGCAAAAGUCACGUUGGAAAAUUACUACAGUAACCUCGUUUCACAGAACGAUGAAAGAGAGAGCAGGUACCGUCGAUUGGAAAAGACGAUGGAUGAAGAAGGCCUCUCGGAAGAACAGAAAAGUGAACGGCGGCAGCAACACGCUCUAAAAGAAACAGAAUUUCUUCGACUUAAAAGGUCAAGAUUGGGCGUGGAUGACUUCGAGUCACUAAAGGUUAUAGGGCGAGGAGCUUUCGGGGAGGUCCGGUUAGUACAGAAAAAAGACACGGGUCAUGUGUACGCCAUGAAAAUUUUACGUAAAGCUGAUAUGGUGGAGAAAGAUCAGAUAGCCCACGUCAGAGCUGAACGUGAUAUUUUAGCAGAGGCGGAUCAUCAGUGGGUGGUCAAGAUGUAUUACUCUUUUCAAGACACAGGCAGUCUGUACCUUAUUAUGGAGUUUUUGCCGGGAGGGGACAUGAUGACACUACUAAUGAAAAAAGAUACACUAACAGAGGAACAAACCCAGUUUUAUGUAGCUGAAACAGUGCUGGCCAUAGAUUCUAUACACAAGUUGGGCUUUAUACACAGAGACAUCAAGCCAGAUAAUCUUUUGUUAGACAAUAGGGGUCAUAUCAAGUUGUCAGAUUUUGGUUUAUGUACAGGCAUGAAAAAAUCCCACAGAACAGACUUCUACAAGGAUUUAACAUCGCAUUCUAAAAGUUCUAACUUAGGGAAAGAUUUUUGCAAUGGAAAUCCAAUGGACUCUAAAAGGAAAGCAGAAAGCUGGAAAAGAAAUAGGAGGGCAUUAGCCUAUUCAACAGUUGGAACACCAGAUUACAUAGCACCAGAAGUUUUUAUGCAGAAUGGUUAUUCCAGCUCUUGUGAUUGGUGGUCACUUGGUGUCAUCAUGUAUGAGAUGUUGAUUGGUUAUCCCCCAUUCUGCUCAGAAAACCCUCAGGAAACAUACAGAAAGGUGAUGAACUGGAGAGAAACUCUUAUCUUCCCUCCAGAAAUGCCAAUCUCUAAUGAAGCCAGAGAUCUCAUCAAAAGAUUCUGCUGUGAUCCGGACCACAGAAUUGGUGCAAACAGUGUUGAAGAGAUAACCUCACAUCCAUUCUUCAGAGGUGUUGACUGGGAACACAUUAGGGAACGACCAGCACUCAUACCAGUUGAUGUCAAAGGUAUUGAUGAUACAUCAAACUUUGAUGAUUUCCCUGAAAUUGACCUGAAGCUUCCUGCUUCCCAACAAAAUGAAGAAGAGUUCAAGGAUCCUAAAUACAAAGAUUGGGUUUUUAUCAACUACACGUUCAAAAGAUUUGAGGGCCUUACACAAAGGGGACCACGACCCCCACUACAUAAAAGCUGAGAAGACUAUGGCUUGUAGUAUGUGUGUUGAUGCAACUCUGUGGAUUGCUCUGGAUUUGAAACUUUUUCUUUUUACCACAAAUGUUGAAAUAUUAGAUGGCAAUGAACCUCAGUCAGCUGAUCCUGCAGGCUUACUUUUUAAAUUGGCCUAUUUCACUAGUUUGUGUACAUUGAAAUUGUUAAAUUUGAAAUCCACUAUAAAUUUUGUUUAACAUCUAAAAAUGAACUUGUAUGCUAGUUACAGUUGAAUAGAAGUUUCAUAUUUUGAAGACUAUCAUUGUAAAAAAAAACAAGUUUUAUAAUAGUUUAAUGCAUGGUAAAAUAAUUACUAAAACGAACACACUUCACCAAGGCAGUUACUUUUAGUUUUAAGAGUUUUUCAAAAAGCCUGAAGUCAAUAUUAGUAUUUUCUUACAUUAAUAAGCUGUUUAACUGAUAACCUGAAGUUUAAAACUAGCGAAUGGUCUGGUAGAGAUUACUUAUGUAUGUCAUCAUUUGUGGGCUUUGUUCACUUUGUACUGCUGGUAAGAAUUUUUAUGUCAAUUUGCUUUUAAAUCUUAUUAGAAUUAUGUGGGUUUAUCUUAUUUCUUUCUUUUGUCACUAUGCAUCAAACUAAAGAAUUAUUACUCCUUCUGCCUCUUGAUAUUUUUAGUUUCUGAAGCUAUUCUAGGGGUUAGUGUUGUACAGUUGUAUGAUUUGCUUGAUAUUUAUCAGAUUUUUUUUAAAAAUAGAAAGUUAUUUUCGUGUCAUUAAAUAUGUAAUGUUGAAUGUUACUGCUUGAAUGCUUGUUUUUCUUGCCUGAAAAACGAAUGUACCACAAUCUAGGUAUUUAAUAACCACAAUUUCACCAAAAAUAUUUUUUUAUCAGUUCUUUUAACUAGACCUACCUAAAGUGUACUAAAAUAUAAUUAAUACCAUGAGAUGUAAAAGAGGGUUAGCCCUAGAAUAUCUCGAAUUAUAAAAAGUUAUAUUGUUGAUUAAAAGGAAAAAGAGUAAAAAAAAAUAUUUAAAAUUGAACUAUAAACCAUUUAGUUUUUUUUGUUUGCUUUAAAGUUAAACACUGCUUAAACUGCUGUUAAAAACUUUCUUCAACCUAAAUAGUUCAUAAAAAUCAUCAUUUUUGUGUAUACAUUUUUUCCCUUACAUUUAGCUAGACAGCAAAAAGUGUUGUAUCAUGACCUAGAUAUUGUACAAGUGCAUCCAAUCAAGGCCGGGUGUGUAGUUUACUACUUGUUGUAUAUAUGCUCUUGUUAACACACCCUCUGUGAUAACUCUACAUGUUUAAUACAAAUCAAUUUUCAAACAACUAACUCCUUCACAUGAACACAGCCAUGAACAAGUUGAUAACCUCAAUCUUGACCAUGAAAAGAAAUUGUCAACAUGAAACCAACCCAGCCCAUACAAAAAUUUUGUUAGUGUUUUUUCUUGCUUCUUUACUAGCCUCCACCCAAAUGUAUUUCUGUGAUUGUCUAAGUUUAGCGUGUAUAUUUCCCAACAUUCCAUUUUACUCAUGUUUAGUCUAAUCUGCCUUUCAUGCAUGGUCUUGAAUUCUAAAUAUCUAAUGGAAAAGGUUAUAAAUUUAAAAAAAAAACAAUUUUCUACAAAAAUAAAAUUUGCAGUUAAGUAAAAAUUUGAAUGCUGAUUGAGUAUUAUCAAGUUUUUUUUAAUUAGAAACUUAAUUUGUUGUUGACAACAAAAAUGCUUUAAUUUGGUGUGGAAAUAUUCUUUGUAAUUACUGCUACUCUAUGUAAACAUAGGGCUACAAGUGUCACUUCCUUAAAAUGAAAUCCUUUAACGUCAGAUGUGUUUAUGCAAAUGCUUCACUUGACUGUAUAAAUGUAUACUGUGCUUGUUUUCUCACUUCAUGUUGCAUCUAUUGGCUUGAUGUCAAUUCAGCAUAAUUUUUGUUUCCUAAGUAUGAUUUUUGUCUCAUAGUCAUUACUUGUAACUUCACUUUGUUCAUUAUUCAUCUUUUUGAUUGGGAAUUCAAAAUUUGUUUUGUGACAACUCUCUAGUGAAUUAAAAUGAAAGCUGAGACAGCAUUGAUGGUGGAUAUUUAGAACCAGGUAUUUUUUUUCCUAGUAAUAUUGUAUUAUAACCACUUCUGAUAAGUAACCGUCUUUCAUUUGAAAUGAACUUUGCUAGCUUUGGAACAAAUAAUUGUUUUUGCAUUUGUUUAUUGGUUUAAAUCUUAACCAAAGUCUGCACAUCAUCAAUUUCCAACUGUUUGUCCUCUACUUACAUGUUGAUAAAUGUUCAAUAAGAAACUUUUAUCCCAGCAAGUCAGGUAAUUCUGUUUUUCCCCUAUUUGUGUUGUUGCCUCCCUUGUGUGCUGCAUUAUGUAAUGGCUUUGUGGCGAACCCAACCAGUAGAUAAUAUCCGACUUUGGUGUGAUAAAUAUUUCUGGAAUAUUUUAUUUGCUAACUAGAAUAUUAUCUGUACAUAAGAGAUGUUCAAAGCAAAUCGUUGUGAGACUGUUUAUCUUGUGAGGUUAUUGUUUUUAAAAAAAAAUUGAAGUAAAAAUGAAAUUGAAUGGUGGUAAAUGUUGCAGUCAACGGGAAAGAAUGUUUGUCAUUUCAUACCAAAUUUGCAUAUCAUUAAAUUAUUCUUUUGCGGAAA